AUUUCAGUAGCGAGCUGAGCAGUAGCGAGUUUUCAUGACAUGCUGAAUAGUUUGUUCAUUGUCAACACAUCCGGGGACGUGAUUCUGGAGAAACAUUGGAAAUCGGUCAUCCAUCGUUCCAUAUGUGACUACUUUUUCGACGCUCAAAAGAAGGCUGCUUCUCCGGAAGAUGUCUCACCUGUGCUGUCCACUCCUCACCACUACUUGAUAAAUGUAUACCACAAUCAGGUCUAUUUUUUAGCGGUGACCACUACAGAGAUUCCUCCUCUUAUGGUCAUCGAAUUUUUGCAUCGUGUCGUUUAUACUUUUUCUCAGUACUUUGAUGAAUGUUCCGAUACUUCCAUCAAAGAGAAUUGCGUUAUGGUUUUUGAGCUGCUUGACGAAAUGCUUGAUAAUGGUUAUCCCCUAGUUACGGAGCUCAACAUUCUUCAAGAUCUCAUUAAACCGCCUAAUUUUCUCAGAAGCAUUGCCAAUCAGGUUACGGGUCGAACAAAUCAUUCCGAAACGCUCCCUACGGGCCAGCUUUCAAAUAUACCUUGGCGACGGCAGGGAGUAAAGUAUACUAAUAAUGAAGCUUAUUUUGAUGUUAUCGAAGAAAUUGACGCCAUUAUUGACAAACAGGGAGCCACGGUUUUCGCUGAAAUCCAAGGCUAUAUCGACGUAUGCUGCAAGCUGUCUGGAAUGCCUGACUUGACGAUGACGUUGGUGAAUCCGCGUCUUCUUGAUGACGUUUCCUUUCAUCCUUGCGUACGAUUCAAAAGAUGGGAGAACGAGCGUGUUUUGUCAUUUGUGCCUCCAGAUGGAAACUUUCGUCUUUUAUCUUAUCAUAUUGCUACUCAGAAUAUGGUUGCCAUACCAAUCUACGUUCGGCAUUGUAUAGUACUGAAAGGAGGCACAGGUAGCAGAAUCGAAAUGACUGUAGGCCCGAAGCAAAGCAUGGGAAAGAUUUUAGAGGAUGUAGUAGUGGAAAUGUCAAUGCCUAAAGCGGUCUUGAAUUGCAACCUGGUUCCAUCGCAAGGUAAAUGCACAUUUGAUCCAACUUCGCACUUGUUACAAUGGACAAUCGGGAAGAUAGAAUUGGGCAAACCACCCAACAUCAAAGGAACGGUAUCCGUAUCUGGAACGACGAGUAUAGAGACCCCGCCAAUCUCAUUGCGGUUUCGCAUCAAUCAGCUCGCUGUAUCUGGGCUUAAAGUUAAUCGUUUGGACAUGCUGGAAAAUUCCAAGUUGCUUAACAAUUUAUGCUACAGGAAAAAACCUAGUAUUGUAGGGACAAUCAAUUUUGCAACCACCUCCGCGCUUAUUCUGCAUCGACAAACAUGGUCGAUUCAAUGUGAACAACGCCUGCCCGGUAUGUCGGGAUGA